AUGGAGGAUAGAGUAGAGCAAGAAAAGGAGAAGAGAAAAAAAGUGGAAGGGAAGGAUGAUACAGGAAAAGCUGAUAAAGGCGGAAAAAGAGGGAGACCGACCAACGUGGCGGUGCCGAAAAAAGAAAGGAGUAUAAGUAUGGGAAACAUGACGAGCAUAGAAGAAAUUCGGAAAAGGAAGAGAGAAACGGAAGCAGAAGAGGAGGAAGGGAGAGAAGAAGGAGUGGAGUGUAAUCCGCAAGCAGAGGGAUGGAUGUUCAUGGUGAGUAGUCUAGUGGAAAGAUUGCCGGAGAAGAAGAAAGAGAGAAUGGAAGAAGAAAGCGGAAUUGGAGAGAUAAAGAGGAUGAUUAGAGAUUUGGGAGAAGGAUUGAAAGAAAUCAAAAAAAGAGAGGACAAGUGGAUGGCGCAGAGGAAGGAGUUAGAAGAGAAAGUGGAAGGACUCGAGAAAAAGGUGGAAGAGUUAGAAAGGGAGGAAAAAGAGAACGUCAAAUGGAACAAAUUAGAGGAAAAAAUACAAAAUAUAGAACAGGGAGCAAAAGAGAAAAGGAGGACGGGGGAGGAAGAAGAUAAAAUAACGGAAAAGUUGAGAAAAUUUGAGGGUAGGUUGGAACGGAAGGAAAAGGAAGAAAAAAGGAAAAACAUAAUAAUUAAAGGGGCGAAAGUAAAAAGAGAGGAGAUGAGAGAAAAAGCAAAGGAGAUAAUGAAAGCAAUCGGGGUUCAGGACGCGGUAGAGGAGCUGAAAGCAGCAGGAUUUGGAGAAGGGGGAAAAGUAGUAAGCAUGGUACAAAUAAAGCUGAAGACCAUAGAGCACAAAAGAAGCGUAAUGACGAAGAAGAAAGCGCUGAAAGGCAGGGAGGAAAGAAUAGAAGAGGACUUGACAUCGAAAGAAAGGAGGAUACAAUGGAAGCUAAGAAGGAUAGCAAAGGAGGAAAGAGAAAAAGGAAAGAAUGUGUGGGUGGACUAUGGAAGAAUCAGAAUUGAAGGGAAAUGGUGGAGGUAG